CCCGCCCGCAGCCUUCCACGUCGCCGUCGCCCCCAAAUUCCAACCCCACCAACUCAGAAUUGAAAAGGCCGUUCCCGUUCCCGACCAUCUCCGGCCAUCCCAGCCUUCGCACACCGCCGCCGCCGCAACCAUCUCUUCCCCGCCGCGCUUGCGAGAUACUCAGCAGAGGCCGCGUGCGUGUAGAUCACCGGGAAAUGGAGCGAGGGCGGGACGGAAGGAACGACCCCUUCGGCGCGGGCGGCCAGUUCGCCGGAUUUGGCGCCGGGGGUUUCGGGCCUCUCGGUGGACCGAUGCCCAGCCUGUUCGGGGGCAGGGAUCCGUUCGACGACCCGUUCUUCACCCAGCCGUUCGGGGGCAGGAUGGGCGGCCCCGGGAUGUUCGGGCCGAUGGGCGGCCCUGGCAUGUUCGGCGCGUUCGGGGCCGGGGACGGGUUCCUCGAGCAAGCUCCUCCUCCGAGGAGCAGCAAUCCCGGAAGGCCUGUCAUAACGGAGAUUGAUGAUGACGAGGAGGAGGACGGGGAACAUGGCGCCCGCCAUGACUCCUAUGUUCAGGAGCCGGAUGAUGGGAUUGAUGGGAUGCAAGGGGGCCAGGUUCAGCUGCGGCGAGACCCCAACAGGGCGAAUGGUGGCGGCGGCCAGCCGCAGUCCCGCACGUUCACGUACCAGAGCUCCUCGGUGACCUACGGCGGUAUUAAUGGAGCCUACUACACUGCUUCCAAGACCCGGAGGAGCGGCCGUGAUGGAAUCACUGUGGAAGAAAGCAAGGAAGCAGACACAACAACUAAAGAGGCUACUCAUAGGAUCUCCAGAGGAAUUCAUGAUAAGGGACACUCGGUAACAAAGAAACUGAAAUCAGACGGGAAGGUGGACAGUACACAGAUAUUGCACAAUCUAAAUGAAGAUGAGUUACCAGGGUUUGAGGAAUCAUGGAGGGGAAAUGCUGGACAUCAGUUACCAGGAUGGAACCAAAAUGCUGGGAUAUCCAAUGGUGAUAACUCUGGUAGCCGACAUGUCGAUGGUGGCAGGCAGCCUGCACAGAGUUGGGCGCUCCCGGGAAUGCAGCAACUCCAGGAUCCUAGGAGGAGGGACAACGGGAGGCCGAAGUCAUCACGAAUCAUUCCAAUCUCCUGAAGAGAGAGCCAACGACGCCUGAUGUGCGGGCCAAAAUUACGUUCAUCGCCCAAUAUCUUGAAGAAAUGAUGCCCAGUAUCCACUGAGUAGAUGAAUAAAGUACUGCCGAUUGGCGCAAGCAGUUCAGAGUAUAGAACUACUAAACACAAGGUCGUGGAGGCCUGGUGGUCCGAGUGUGAUCUACUAGGUGCUAUCCUUUGUUUGUGGCCUGGACCGUGAAUACAUUAUCGAGUCUAUGUAUUACAGUCUGGUCUCUAUACCUGUAUUAGAUUCACUGUCUAGUAUUGUUUGAAUUCCUGAA